CACUCAGCUGUUUUAUUAAGUACAUGUGCAAAGAGGAAUCACGAUGUUACACUUAACUACAUUCAAUGCAAACGUGCAGGAAUCAAAGAUUUCUGGAUGACACGGUGACUUACUUUACUCAUGAGAUUCUGAGGAUUAGGACGCAGGUGCAGUGGGUCAUUUUCAGCUAAAAGUCAACAAAAGCAUAAGCUGCUGUUUACAUCUGACAUCAGACUUCUGAUGUCUGAUUCUAGGGUGUCCUCUGUCAUCCAGGAGUGGGCCAGCUCGUAUCCUAGUCAGGCCCACUCCCUGAACCCGGUCUCCUCCAACCAGGUCGCCUCCACCGGGCAGCUGGUUCAGAUGGACAUGAUUCCCUACGGCCAGACCCAGGGAAUGAUGCGGGUGGGCACCGAGGACAGAGUGGCAGGGCAGAUGAUGGGACUGCCGUACUUACCUUACUCCACAUCCUGCGUUGGCAACACCUCGAGUAUGGGAGGCACAAACCACCACCAGAGCCACAGCAGCCCUCAGCAGGACUUCUCCCCCUUCCUCCUGCCGAGCAUGAGGAGUCCCGUGCCGAAGAGGAGCAUCAGCAAGGACAGCGCGGAGUACCGCAUGAGACGGGAGAGGAACAACAUCGCCGUGAGGAAGAGCCGGGACAAGGCCCGCAGGAGGAUCCUGCUGACCCAGCAGAGAGCCGUGCAGCUGCAGGACGAGAACCAGAAGCUGCAGCUGAGGAUAGGGCAGCUGACGCAGGAGCUGGACACUCUCAAACACAUCCUGUCGCAGCGGCACCUGCAGGGAGGAGAGGACAGCGCAGUAGGAGAGGCCGGGAUGUGAAGCACUAGUCCUUUCAUAAACACACACACACACACACACACACACACACACACACACACACACACACACACACACACACACACACACAGACAUAUACACACACACACGCACGCACACGCACACACACACACACA